CAAUCUUUUCUCGCACUGUGCCCGUGUGUCAACCGGAGCGACGUCGUCGUAAUGGUGACAAACAGGGGGAACAAAAUGGAGCAACACUUGCUGUACAAGACGGCGACGGCGGCACCAUUCACGGCGACGGCAGCUGAAACCGAACAGCAGUCGGCGGUAUCGGCAGCAUCCACGGCAGCGCUCACGACGGUGGCUUCCGGAUCGACGGCAAAUCUGCUGAUGCUGCUGGUGCUGGCCCUGGUCCCAUCAGUUACGGCCUAAAACUCUUCACCGCUUCUUCACCCCGUGCCAGCCAAACGGAAGGGACGACGACGGGGACGACGGGGACGACGGUGUAUGUGUUUACGGUACAAUGGAACGCGCAGAGAUAAAAUAAUUAAAACAAACAGGUGCGCGAAAACAGGAAGUGCAAAUUUUCGUGUGUGUCCCCGAGGGUCACAAUUAGCAGCUUAAGGCAAUGAAAGAGAAAGCAACCCAGUUGUGUGCCGUAGUGGAUUGGAGUAAUGAAACAAGUACACGAUAGAGAUAAGAAUAACUCUACCAUAACGAAGAACACCGAAAAGCGCUGGUAGUAAAGGUGAGAUAAGUGAGUGUGUGGUGUGGCUAAAGUGUGAACCAGGCAUAGUUACAUAGAAGCACAGUCGACAGGAUCGACGAAUCGAAAGGAUCCGUUCGAAAAAACCUGUUCCAUCCUCGAAAGCCUGUGGUGUGGUACGGGGAGUAACAGUCAGGUGAGGUGAGGUGCAGUGCAGUGUGGAUGGUCUUAUUGCAACCGAGGUGCAACAGUUUGACCGGUGCAGUUCCGUAGCAAAACAGCUCGUUUUGCUCGUCCCCCACCUCCGGCCGCCAGACACAAGGCUCGGCAACAAACCCCCGACAACACCGGACCUCACGCCGACCGGAAAACAAACGGGGGAAAACUGGCACUAGGGUUCUAGUUUGAACCGUUCCCGGUGUUGGCGAGUCAGUUGUCAGAGUUCCCUGUUUGGUGGUGGUGGUGGAGGUUGAAUUCCAGCGUGCGGAAGUACUUCCGGUUCACACCGCAAUUUGCCAAGCAUCAGCGACGCCCGGAUGGCCCACGUAUCGGAGCCGUUGCUGCACUAACUUGGUACCACCGAUCCGAACCUGGGGCGAGGGCAAUUUUGUAACCGUUCGGGUGUAUUCCGUUCCGCGUGUGUCUAUCUAUCUGGGCGUGUGUGUAGUAACGUAAGUAGAUGAUGGUGCCGUCACGAUCUGACGCAUACCGUGCGCCUGGUUUCGAGCUCGAUCUGACAGCAGUGAAACCAUAAAGUACGGAGGCACACACACACACACUCGCCCUCAUUGGGAACCCGGAUACGGAAACCGAAGGAAACCGAUCGAAGCGAAACUAGUGUUUUGCGAACUAGCAGCAGCAGCAAGAAAGGAGAACGAAGAGAAUUUACUGCAACACUCAUUCUAACCCGAUUGUGGAACCAGGAACCCGGAACCAACAGAACGCAGCCACGAUAAACGUCACCCAGCCUCACCAACCUCCCCCCUCCAGUGUCGCCAACCAGCUGUUGGUGUGCAGCAUCAAGCCAGCUAUCGGCCACCGUCUGGUAACGGUGUCCUAACCGUUGUCAUUGGCUCGCCAUCCUUCCUCCCCGCUGGGAACCCGGUUCGUCCAAUCGACGGGCAACCCAAAGCCAACCACCAACCACCAUAUCGCAAUCAUUGAGCUAUAGGGAAACAAAAUGGCGGGUGGUGAGCAUACAUUCGGUAGAAAGACAUUUCACAAGCCAACCUAUUGCCAUCACUGUUCGGAUCUGCUGUGGGGGCUCAUCGGACAAGGAUACAUCUGUGAAGUGUGCAACUUUAUCGUACAUGAAAAGUGCGUUACCAACAUCGUGACACCGUGCACGGGCAUCGCACCCUACCUUAUCCGGAACCCGGUGGCACACUGUUGGUCGGAACCUUCGCACCACAAGCGCAAGUUUUGUUCCGUUUGUCGUAAGCGAUUAGAUGAAACUCCCGCCGUUCACUGCUUGAUAUGUGAGUACUUCGCACAUGUCGAAUGCCAGGAUUUUGCCAUCCCCGACUGUAAGGAGAAUGCAACCUACGUUCCGGGCAAGGAAUUGGGCCACGUCAAACAUCAGCAUCACUGGCGCGAAGGCAACCUGCCACAGUCGUCCAAGUGUGCGUACUGCAAGAAGACGUGCUGGUCUUACGAAUGCCUUACAGGUUAUCGUUGCGAAUGGUGUGGCACCACUACCCACGGCGGAUGCAGAAACAACAUCCCGGCCGAAUGUACGUUCGGCACGCUGCAACCCAUCUACCUGCCACCGCACGCCGUCUCCAUACCCCGGACGGAGGUGCCGAUGGAGGCAAUCAUCGGUGUGCAGAAUCGCAACAAAGGAACACCGGGCAUACAGCGUGACUAUUCCUGUCCGGAACUGUGGACAAUCGGCCUGUAUCAGGACGAACCAGCACACAGCCAGCAGGAGCAAGACUGCACCGAAAGUACCGAGCUGCUGCUCCGGAGCGUGCAGCAGGAAGAGCAAAAGUGUCGAACCGUACCACUGUCACCCGUUAGCUUCACCUUCUACGAUGACGAUGACAGUGUUUCCAGUGCGAUUGGAUCGAUGGCGGUGGAAAAGGACGACAAGCCGAAACGGAAACCCAACGAGCAGCAGCAGCAGCAGCAGCAACAGCAGCAACAAUACCACAGCGAUAACAGUUUGCUGCUGCAAACCGAGGACGAUUGGCCGAUGCGACCAACGCGCAGCCGGAACCUUAUCCAUCCCGCACUGAGGCGCACGAAAGCUACCAAUGCUGGGCCACCGACCGAUACGCUGGUGACGCGCAGCCGUUCCUUUCAGGAUCAAACCAACAGCAUUCCAAAACGGUUCGUCAAAUCGGCCGCCUACUAUAGCCCCCGGUUUUUGGCCCGCUUUCGCAAGAAGCACCAGGCGCCUCCAUCGAUAGUGCGAAGAUCGCCUUCGCCGCUGGAGGCACGGCAGCAGGGGCAUAACGGAAGCGAACUUCCGAAGCUGAUGCUGCUCGUGCACGGUACCAGCGAACCAUCGACGAUGGCCCCGAUACGUACCGCACUCGCUCCUGUGUUAGUGCAUUCACCAUCCGGUUCGUUGACGUCAUCGUCCGUUUGCACCACGGCCGGACCCGUUUGUGGCGUAAACGGGACGGACGGUGAGCACCACGGUACGGGCGUGGAACGGUCUUCCUCGUUCGACUGUGCAACGGCACCAACCGCCGCAGCAGCGGCAACAGCAUCUGUGCGAAAUUUCGGUCACCAUCUAACGGUGGCGUCAGCGAACGAACUGCUUACCUGCGUUGAACCGAGACGGGUUGUGUCGUACGAUGACGUCAGCGGGUUCAGCUUCAUCGACGACGACGACGACGACGACGAUGGUGCUUCCUUCGAACCGAACGGUGGGGCUGGCGUCAAUGCAUUCGCAAGGGUGGCCCCCAUGAACGAAACCACCAUUGCCAGCAGCAACAGUGCGACGGCCGGAAGAAGAAGCGAUACCGUCGAUGUGGGUCGGCCGCCACCGAGCGUAAUGGUGGACGGUGUGGCAGACGAUCGUGGCACCGUUUCCCAUCCAACGGCGCACCAUUUGCUCGAGCGUAUCUAUCGCCAGAUGCGCAAGUGUUCGAUGGGCUGGAGCAAAACUGGCUGCCGUGUACGGAGAGCUCGCAGCAUCUCCGAGGAGAUAACGGCGGAGAACCGCUACCGAGACGAUGAGUACGUACCAAGAGGCGAGAGCAGCGGAUCCGGUACUCACUCGAAGCCAGAUUCUGCGCAUAAGCCCGAUAAAGAUAAGGAUAAGAAAGAUAAGGACAAGGAGGAGCGCGAUGAAGAAACAAUCAAGGUAUUCGACGGAAACUGUUCAUAUCGAAGAAGAAUUUUCAGAGCCAUUAAUGUACCUAGAACAUGCUCGUUGGAACAACUGUUGACCACCGCCUUGAGGGCCUUCCACAUAGCCAGGGAUCCAAAUCUAUUUUUUCUCACUGAUGUCUACGGGGACGAGGUCAGAUUGCAGGAUCCGAAUCCAGUACCAGGCCUACACCGUGUAGAGGGCAAAAGACCAGCUAUAUACUUAAGAUUUCGUGAUAAGGAGAAUGAUCACGGCUUUGUACGAGUCUAUCCGGGUAAGCUGCAGGUAGAGAACGCUUACGUUAUCAUACCGGUGGACAACGAUACCACCGUCAAGGAUCUGAUUUGCGAAUCGCUGAAAAAGUUCGGCCUGCAGAGCCACCAGAUCGAGGACUACCGCUGCUCGGAGAUACUGCUCGACCGGGGCGUCACCGAGCGCGUCCUGUCCUGGAACGAGCGGCCGUGGGAAAUUAUGAAGCAGCUCGGGAAGGACUCGAUACGGCAGAUGGAGCUGAUGCGGUUCUACCUGCAGCUGAAGCAGGACCCGCACGGUCCGAACCUGGCCCUGUUUGUCGGCAAUCUGCCGCCCGGUUUGUCGCAGCGCAACUACGAGCACAUACUGACGGAAUUCUUGGGCUUCGAGAACAAGUUCAGCAGCAUCGGUCCCAUCUACUACGAGUACGGUUCGCUAGUGAUAACCUACGAAAAUGCAUCCAAAGCUGUACGUGCAUUCCAAGCUCUGCGAGAGUCCAAGUAUGAGGAGAAACAUUUGCUCGUGCUGCUUUUGCCGAACAUCGAGCCGAGCAUGGUGCCGGGCGGUGUCCAACCGUUGCUGGUGUUUGUCAAUGUCAAGUCCGGAGGAUGCCAGGGUCUAGAGCUUAUUAGUAGUUUUCGUAAAUUAUUAAAUCCAUAUCAAGUGUUUGAUUUGGAUAACGGUGGACCACUGCCUGGGCUAUACGUUUUCCGACACAUUCAGGAUUAUAAGAUUCUGGUGUGUGGCGGUGAUGGUACGAUCGGUUGGGUGUUGCAGUGCCUGGACAACGUUGGUCAAGAUUCGGAAUGCUCUAGCCCACCGUGUGCCAUCGUUCCCUUAGGCACCGGUAACGAUUUGGCACGCGUUUUACGCUGGGGCGCCGGUUACACCGGUGGCGAAGAUCCGCUAAACCUGCUGCGCGACGUAAUAGACGCGGAAGAGAUACGGCUGGACCGCUGGACGGUGGUGUUCCAUCCGGAGGACAAACCCGAGGAUGCCACACCGAAGGCGCAACCCAACUCAACCGUUGUUGGUGGUGCCCAGAGUGAGGAUAACUCGCAGAUAUUCGUGAUGAACAACUACUUCGGCAUUGGGAUCGAUGCCGACCUGUGCUUGGACUUUCACAAUGCGCGCGAAGAGAACCCGAACAAGUUCAACUCGCGGCUCCACAACAAGGGCGUGUACGUGAAGAUGGGCCUGCGGAAGAUGGUGGGCCGGAAGAUGGUGAAGGAGCUGCACAAGGAGCUGCGGCUGGAGGUGGACGGGAAGGUGGUGGAGCUGCCACCGGUCGAGGGUAUCAUCAUACUGAAUAUCUUAAGCUGGGGCUCCGGAGCGAAUCCUUGGGGACCGGAAAAGGAGGAUCAGUUUAGCAAACCGAACCAUUGGGACGGUAUGCUGGAAGUCGUUGGCGUCACUGGUGUAGUGCAUUUGGGACAGAUCCAGUCCGGGCUGCGCUCGGCCAUGCGAAUAGCCCAGGGUGGUCACAUAAAAAUUCAUCUUCAUUCCGACAUACCGGUACAGGUCGAUGGAGAGCCGUGGGUACAGAGCCCCGGUGACGUGGUCGUACUAAAAUCGGCAUUAAAGGCAACGAUGCUGAAGAAAAUUAAGAGCAAACGGAGGCUAACAGAACCGCAUAUCUCACCGGCCGUUGCGGGAUUCUCGCAAGGGGGAGCUCCAGAAAAUGGAGAUCGUGAUAAAGACGCCCUGAGCGGAACCUAGAGUACCCGUCCGUCCGGUCCUAGCUUUCUAUUCUCCUGUUUUCUAUGAAAUCGCCAAACCCAAAAAUGCAAACAACAAAACCCCGUCAAAAGCUAAUUUUGUGAAACCAAACUUCAAAGCAAAAAAUGCGCGUCUCGAGCGUGUUGUAGGGCGAGCGCAAUAGUAAGCAACAGGAAAAAAAACCCCGCAGCAAACAAAACAAACUAAAAACCAAAUCACACUGAAACAAAACAAAACUUUCAACAAAUCUUCAAAACAAGGUGAAGAUGGUUAGAAAUCUAAAUGCACUAGUUGUUUAAAAAAAACUGAAACAAGUAACGCUUAUUAUUAUCGAGCUAUUCGAGCAUUCGUUUAAUCACGUCACGUUCUAAUGCGUUCGAUUGUCUGCGAUCUUGAGCGCUUUUUUGUCCUGUUAAGUUACAUCCAGUUCCCACUGUGCACCGUUUCGAGUAUUUUCCUUUUCUUCGGGCCAGCGGGCGUAUGCGUUAGGGAGCGUUACGUUACGUAUCCAAGCAACCUGAUAGAACUAUUGUAUUUAAAAUACGCCCUUUGCCUUCCAAUUGAUUGUUGAUUUAGAAGAAGCUUAGUGUUGGAACGCGUUUGAACGAACAAGCAAAGAAAAAAACGGAAUCCGGGAAGACCCGAAUUUCGAAUUUCGCUCGGCUCUCCACUACUGUUGCUUCUGUAUAACUUUUUACGCAACCCAUAAUCGAAAACGUGUUCGGGGCAGGGAACACCACGCGGACAGGAAGUAAACCAAAGAUUUUUUUAAGCAAACAAAAACAAAACAAAGGCCAAACGAUCAAUGUUGUAUGAUGUAAUGUACUCUCGUUAAAAUGUUAAACCUCUUACGAAACUCUUUAUACACGUGUACAUGUGGGGACAGGCCCUGUUCCAGUGCCACCGAAGCUCUCGUUUCUUAUAAGCAAACCACCCCGAUUAUGAUUACUCUUACUGUCGUCUAUCUAUCACACCUUAAACACACACACACACACACCGUAAAACUGCACCUUAUGGUACGUGUAUUUCGAAUGACUUGAUAUGUAUAACUUAUCGAUUGAUCUUAUUGACGCACGCCCACUGUAGUAGAAAGCAGCCAUUUCCGCCAUUUCCGACCAUUUAAGUCCACCGUAACACACCGAACACAACGAACACCCGGAACAUCCAGUCCCACCUUUUUUUCCGACCAAACCAUAUAGACACCACUCACCACUCACACUACCAACACCGGACACAGGCUAGUAUACACAGGUUGAUCGCGCAAUCAUCUGAACCCGUAACCCCCACCAUAUCACAUCGAUCCUUGUUCCGACGCGUUACUCACAUUACUUGCGUUACUGCGUACUGUAAUUUAUCUCUUUCAUUAUCGCUCUCUCUCUCUCUCGCUCUUGUUUGUUCUUCUAAUUUUUCACUCAAAAUUUAACCUUUACUCCUUACUACUACUACCACUACUACUACUACUUUGCUUGUACGAUCAAGUUAAAUGCUCUCACUCUCUCUCUCUCUCUCUCUCGUAUUCUCUUUAAUAUUUUAUUAAUACUGUCUCACUUAAGCAACAAUUUUGCAUUUUUUUCCUUAAGUUUUUAUUUUUUUAUUUUCAACGUUCAUCAUUGAACCAUUUUUCUACCGAAUGCUGCUAUUGCGUUACUGUUCUCGAUUGUGCUCUAUCGUUACAACAACAACAAAAAAGCCGUAGGAAGUAAAUGCCUUUUUGACACACUUGUUUUGUUUUUCCUCUCUACAUCUACAUUUUUAAUAAGAGCAUUUUACUAUCUUAAAACUAUUAGUUUUUGUAAUUUAAAUAGCUUGCAAAUUUAACCAAUAUUCAUUGGCAGUUACAGUGUGCAUUUUAUAUAAUUCUUGAUCUUUCAUUUCCUUCUUUUUUUGUUUAAAGAUAAGUUUCGUACCAUACGACUUGCUAGUAUUUUACCUAAUACUCAUUCUUCUUUUAGUUAGAAUUAAAUUCGCAUUUAUUUUGUUCGUUGUUGAUGUAGAAAAAGAAAGUCGCCCAGAAUAUUUUAGUUCCACCAAAAAAAAAAAACAAAUAUGAUUAGUUUUAUAAAACAAAAGCAUUUACUUGUGGUUUACAUUAGUUCCAUUGAUGACUGCUUUCAUUGAUGGUUUGAUAGACACUUUCCGUGCGUACAAUUGGUUUCGUUUCUAUCCUCUGUUCUGUUAGUUUAGGUAGUUCACCCUUUGCUCUCCUCUUUUAUCUUACUUACAAGUUUUAAAAAAACCUUGACGUACAUAUGCAAAACCUUACCACGAUCAAAUAUCGAUGCUAAACAAUUGUUUUUUUCGAUUCUUCUCUCUUCUUUCUUUUACUUCAAACGUGGAUGUGAAAAAAAUCAAAUCAAACAAACAAACAAAACAAAACCACCUAAACUAAUGUCAAAUGAUCAUAUGAAAUGGGGCUUGAAUUAAAAACCUCCUCGCGCUCCUCUUUGCUAAUGGCGCCCUUACACUCAUCCGAUCGUUUACUCAUCUAACAAACGCAACAACUACAACAACAACAACUACUACAAAACGAUCAACCAACAACCAACAAAAAUCGUACAACAUUUCUUCCACCAUGUUUGAACUUUCCUACUCGGAACAUGUGAAACGAUGUGACUCGGAACGUCAACGUAUACUAUUCUAUUCACUACUUUGCUAUACUGAAAACCUCAUACACGCCUCACCUAAAAUCUCACAAAUAUGGAAACCAAACCCCCGAUUAAACACUACAACAACAACAAAACAAACAAAAUCCCCCUGGAAACAUUUAACUCUCAUGGACCGGACGGCGGCGGCACAACUGAUGAUAAUGACCGAUGAUGACGAUGCGCGUACGAUGCGUAAUGUGCGUAGGCAACAAUGUUGAAAAAAAUGAAAGGCAAGAUGAAGCGACGCAACACCGAGCCCACGAUGCAGGUGAUGGGGCCAUCGGGGAUCCAGAUGACGCUGGCCGCACCCCAGGAGCCGGACGAGGUCGACUCCAACAAUACAGAUUUUUGAAUAUGGUAUAACGAGCGAUUAAUUUAACGUGCUUCGUCGUUUGCGGGUGUUUCGUGGGGGAAGGACUAGUGCUAGAGAAGGGUGGGAGCGGAGGGUUGUAUAAGGAGAUUUAGAGGGAGGGUAGGGGGGGCUGGGGUUGGUCCGUUCUACUUAAAAAACCAGGCAGCUAUCGCCCAUACCAUAGUGUCACCAGCAUCCACAGCACCACACAAUCCACCGAUCCAUCCUAGCAGGGCGACACGAUCGCGUGUUGCAUACUUUUGGGCGCCCAGACUGCCUUAAGCAUUGACGCUGUUUGUUUGCGCACCUUAAAUUUUACUCAAACAGUCUCUUUUUUAUUUUAAACACUUUAAAACUCUUAACCCACUCCUUUUUCUACUAAAACUUUUGAUUCUGUGGGCGAAAUUAUUUUCUGAUUACUAUUUUAAGAGUCUAUUUCUUUUUUUUUUGUAAGGAUCUACUAAGAUCAGCUAGAAGCGCCACAGCAACAAUGUUUAAGGCAAUUCCAAAGCCCCAAUCAAUCGUGCAACAAAUCCUAUCCUGGUGUGUUUGUGUGUUUGUCCGGUGGGUACGAUAUUGUGGGUCUCUGUGGCAGUGAAGCAAAGAGAACGCUAAUGCGAAAACAAAAGUGUCGCCAACGGAAGUGCAAGGCAUACGAACGAUCGUAACUCGAAAUCGCUCGGCAAAACCGAAAACCUUCUCCCACAACACGCCCACAACAAACAAAAGGAAAAUGGUGAACAAAGGCUUGACUAGCAGUCAAGUAAAGUGAGCACCUUCGAAGCACCUGCGUGAAAUGUGUGCAACAUUAUCAUGCCAAAACAAAGAAACAAACAAAAGAGAGAAGAGAAAAGAAAAACCUGCCCCCGGAAGAGAAAGAAAAAACAACCUCCUCUCCCCCCCGUAUGUAAAAUAAUAACCACCAAACACAGGCAAAGCAAAACGAUCACUCCAAAUAGCAAAAACCGAUACAAGGAACCGAACAGCAAGUGUGUGUGCGUGUGUGAUGUGUGCAAAAACACAAUUCUAGAAUACUAGCAAUAGAAGGUUAGAAGCGCGUACCGGCAUGGGCGCGCACCAGCCCUUGGGCGAACAUCUGUAUAAACAAAAAAAAACAAAGAAAAAACAAUCACCAAGAAGAAAACCCUAAACAAACCACGAUAGCAAAGCAAAAAAGCAACUCUAUGUAUAUGUAUGUGUCUGUGCGUGUACGUGUAGUAGAUAAUUCACGUCAAAACUAGCAAAAAAUCAAGUGUCUGUCUUGUGUGAGCAGGAAAAAAAGCAGGUGGAAAAGAUGAGCAAACCAACAAAACAAAACAUUACUGAAAUCCUCCCCAAACAGCAUUCGGGGAAAACCCCGAAGCUAAACAGCAAAAGAAAACAUCACAUUAUUUACCACGUACGACCGAACCAAACGAACCGAACUGGGGAAUGGAAGAAAAAUGGGUGGAAGAAACAGCAAACAAAACACAAGCAAACUUAUUACCUACUCAUAGCAUAACACAUAACAGGCAAACACAAGUAGUAAAAAGAAAGAAAGAAAGAAAGAAAGAAGAAAGCAAGCACACAAUAGUAGAGCAAUGGAAGAAAAAACCGGAGCAAAAUGCGAAAUGAAAAGAGUAAAUAACAAAAAAGGGUAGGAAUGAUGGAUGUAGAGCAAACAAACUGUAGUAGGCAACCACCAAACGGCACACAAAAGAAGUUAAAGCCAGCUGUCGGCCAGACGGCAGACGGACAUUUAGGUGUGAAACACACACACACGUUGGCACAAAACAAACAGCAGCAGCAACAAAAAUACUCGCAAAACUGUUCGAAAAACGGCGUGCAGAGCUAACAGACCAUCGCGCAAACACCACUAUCAUAAACAUGUGCAAACACACACUCACACCAAACGAAACUCUGAAGAAAAGAAAAAAACAGAUAACUCCAAGGGAACAAAACGGCGCACAUAAACCACCACAACAAGAAACAACUACAAACGAAACAAUUCCAAACCACACAAGAAAAGAAAAAAAACACACACACACACGAAAACCUAAUAACAGCAGCAAAACCAAAAGUGACACGCGUGACAAACGUGCGCAAGAACGUUAAAUUAAUGGCUCUUUUACUUGCUACGGGAGGUAGCAAUCGAUGGGGCCGAAACAUGGCGGGUCCGCUAAAGUUUGGGUGUGACCCAGUGUUUUUCGUUUUUUUUUGUUUUGAGGGGCCCGUGGGCAAUUUGUGUCUGUGUGUGACUGUGCAGAAGCUGGGAAGAAUUUAGAAUAGACGCAGAUGUGUCUGAUGUAUAGGGCAGUUAUCCGGUGACAAUUGUCCUUACAACGACUAACCCUCUAAGAUGGCCGAAUUUAAAUGGCCGCCAACCUUGUGCUAUGAUGCGCGAUCCAUAUCGACCAUUCGUUCUUCUUGGCGUUUUUUUUCGGGUCACAUGUCCAUUGUUUUAAACAUGGAGACACUUGCUUGCAGGGGUUUGAAACACUCUGUAUUCAAACUUCAACAUUGAGUACAUUUUUUAUAGACAUUUCGUGCCAGAAACCACAGGGACACACACAGAACAAAGCAGCAUUUCGUAACCCUUGUUUUGUAUAAAAAAGGAAAGGAAACCCCAAACAGUACUGUUAAUCCCUCCCUUGUUAAAGGGAAAUUGUCACCAGCACAAAGCGUGUGAGGCAGAGGAGAGCAGCUAUAGAGCGGAUUAGUGAAGUUACAAGGCUAGUAAAUGGAAGUAAAAUUACUCUAAAUGUUAAUACGAAUUUAGGUGGUGCAGACAUGAGAUGAGUCUUAUUAGGGUUUUGUUUUCCUUCUUUCUUUUGCCUCUUAUUUCCUGGGACGUUAAGGUGGAAACAAUCAUGAUUAUCGGGCUGCACAGAGAUAUAGUCCUGGUCCUCGGAUUGGGGUGAGCAAGCAGCAAGGCAGAGCAGGGAAUGUGAGUAGGCGACUAGUUCGAAGGAUUACGACAAGAGGGCGCCAGUCGACAGACCGAUCGAUCGUUGUAUGGUUCAUUUUCGUUGUUGUGAAACCAAUUAAGUGUUCGUUUGUAUUAAGCAACUUAUGGCGGUCGGCGCGCGCUUGGAACGUUUCGGAAGUUUUUUUCAGUUUUCCACACACGAACGAUCCUUGUCUAGCAAUGUCUGUUUUGGCGUAUUUUUUUGUUGUUUAUUAACAAACGUAUAUUCGUUGUAUAUUGUAAGUAGAAAUCGGGCAGCAGGACCUAAGAAAACCCCCUAGACAGGGAUGUUUCGUCCGGAAGAGCCGGCAAGGGUCCUUGUGCUGAUCGGCACAAAGCGAGUGUGCACGAAAAGUAUUGAAACACAACAUACAUACACCAACACUUAACCACUCAAACACACAUGUUUAGUCACCAAAUACACACAUACACAUUGAAACGUGUAGCAGCUGCUCGGGCGCAUCAGUGACGCUACCACUGCAGAACAAAUGUCUUUAUAAUUGUAAAAUGUAAUUACAACAAUUACGUUACGUAUGGUAUUUUACCAGCUUAAAAAUAGUUAUACAACAUCACACUCUCACACACACAAACACAUUCACGAGAAACAUUUUCAUCACAUUUUUUGGUCGCACAAGCAACACAAAAACACAGCCCACAACACGAAGAAACACCCACCCAGAGUUCCAGAGAGGCUGGAAGUACCGCUGGUGUUGGUGGAACUCUCACACAGGCCACACACCGGAUGUGGACAGAGGUAUAGUUGGUAUGGGCUCCCCCGGAGCGGUCUCCAUCAUGUUCCGAGUUGUACGGGGGCGGCAAACAAGGUUUUGAGGUCAUUGGACCUCCGAAAAGCAGCAUACCAUAGGGAAGAAUAAUAAUACAACGAGACACCAUCCCAUCGAGUCGCGAGCGGAGUCCAAGAGUGUCCAUCCGUGUCCACAUCCACAUCUUUGGGCCGAACAUUGGUGAGUUCUCGUUGAACUACACAGAUCGCGAUCAGCGCGCGUACAAGCUUCCUACACUCCUUUCCACCCCUGGGAUUGUCCGCCCGGGGUACGAUGGGGAGGAUCACCAAUGUUUUAGUUUCAUAAGGAAGCAGAUUCGGUAGAUUCGAACCCACUGCGCUAGCAAAAACUACCAUCGGAAACGCGAGCAAAUGUAUGAGUGCACGACAACAAAAAAACACAUCGGAAAAAGAAAAAAAAUCGUUGAGGAUCGAUUGUCUAAAGGCAAUUAGUCCAACAAAAUUACCCCAACCGGUGGAGAUCGAUCGUACACGUCCCAGGGGCGCGAUGGUCCAAUAAAUGGCAAACUGAGUGCAGAUUGUGCCCGGCAAUCCCGACGAUCGAGCUCGGGUUUUGCCUAAGUUUCGCAACUGUGUCAACUGAUCGAGUGAUCGAGCUGCGUAUGUGUGUGAAUGAGCUCUUCUACUUCUACCCGUGUGUGCGUGUGCGUGCGUGUAUGUGUGUGUGUAUGCUUGCAUUACAAAACCUCACCAAUCUCGAACGCCGGGAAUUGUGGGUAACACUCUGACACUCUGCUGUCUGCAUUGGAUAGUCUGGGAUCGAGUGGGGCAUCGGUCGUCCACUGGUUUGUGUACAACUCCGGGACUCGCUGCGAGACCAGGAGAUGUACAUCUCCCGCGAAAACAAAAUCACCCCUUUCAACCAGCCCAGUAUUGGACGAAAGGAGGACGCGCAAGCUAUUUUAGUUAAGGACAAAGAAAAACACGAAAUUGCGCGUUUGAAGUUAGUUUCGGCUAGCCCUAGGGCUACGGAUUUGAAGUUUCAGUUUAGGAGGUAUCUUUCAGUUCAAGUCUACACACAAACCCACACCCGAGACCCGACAGUUGGUUUGACAGGUCUGACACCCUGUCAGGCCACAGCGGGUCGAGGGCUUGGCCGAUGUUGUCCUCGUUCCUUGCCGGAAAGGAGCGACUGCCCAUACAUCGGCCUGUUCAAUCUUUUCCUAGCUCCCAGCUGCACUGUCUCUCUCUCUCUCUAUCGCUUGUUGGUCGCAUUCUCGCGAUCAAUCUCCCGACCCCUGUCUACUGUCUCACCAUCGAGAAAAGGGUAGGGGCUCAGUGUCACUAACUCGUAAGCAAUCUCACCAACUUCCGGCCACCUUAGAACACACCCACAUGCAGUGUAACCUCUGUAUUGGCAAACUAUCAGCUACCGCUCGACGAUCGGGACACGAUCCUGGCACGCGUUCUGUUUUACACAUCACAUUUCUUCCGCAUAAUUGGGGACCGUCGAUGGGAGGAUGUCGCCCAGAGUUCCCUGUUGGACCUUCGUCGAUACUUCCCAGUGCCAGACCUACCCGUACUACCCGAAACUCGUUGCAGUCAAGCUGCCACUCGUAGUACAUCUUCCAAAUGGUGUGGCAUGCCACACACACAAGGCGGGCGUGUGGACUUUACUGUCUGCACCUCACCAACUCAACCAAUCAAUCAUCAAUCUUCAAAACGGCGCGAUGUUGUUGCUGGAUGCAGUUUGGCAUGCUGGCGAAUGAUCGCGAAGGUAAAACGGGGCAACAGGCAACAAGCGCCACCGCCCAUUUUCGCUCCCAACCAUAACAAAACGGAACUGUGCCACCGAUGUGCGGUACCGAGACAUCGACCGUGUAUCGCAAAAAAAAAACCCCCUGGCGCGACGAGAGUUAGUAACACAUACCCGUUUCUCGAUGGUGACAAUCAAUUUUCCGCCACUGUCUGGCACCACCGUACUCCCCCAUAGGUAGGUUCGGUUCGGAUUCAUGCUGUAACCAGGAGAUUUGGAAGUCACCACGUAUUGUAUCGUCUUCCGGGCUUUCAGUUCGUAGCGUUCGAUAGUUAGUGUGCCUUGGUUCGUUCGAUCCCUCAGUUUCGCCUUAUGCUCGGUUAGUCGCUCAUACAUUUGCCUCGCCGACGGGCGCGUUCAUCGAUUCAAUGUCGCGCCCCCGAAUCCCGUCAACAUCCAUUCGGCGAUUUGGUGCUAGAUGAAUGUGGAAGUAAAAAAAAAACGUUCAAGUAUUUUCUUCGUUGUUUAAAGUCGCAUUUAUUUUCGAAUUAUCCAAAUUGUGGUGCAAAUGAGUGUGCGAGGAUUAAUAAAGGAAGAAGAAAAAAAAACGUAUAAAGAAAACACACACACAAGGGAACUACAAACAUAAUGGUCUAGUUGGUAUGUAAUGAUAAUAGUAAUACAAAACAAUUAUUAUUACUAUAAUUAACGUGUAAUAAGGAAGAGGGAAAAACAAAAACGUGCCUAGCGGGCACUUUUGAGCGAGCAUAAAGCAUACGCCAGUCGGUCAGUCAGUCUGGGCAGGUAGGAAGAGUGAAAAGCAACCGAGAAAAAAAAAACAACACAAAGCAUGAGAAAAUAAACUGACCAUAAUAUAUUGCAGUAUAUCCUUCUAACGAAAAAAAAAGUUGAAAUAAACCCAAAAAAAAUAAAAAUAAAUCUCAAGAUAGAGUUGAUGUAGUUGUGUCGCAAAACCACGGGGUAAGAAGAAGAUAAUCACGAAAAUCUUGAAACAAAAAAAAAUGAAACCAAACCAAAAAAAAGCAUACAAAAUCAUAAAAAAACACAAAAAAUAUAACAUAAUAUAACUGAAUAUGAAGAAAUGAAAACAAAACAUCACCGAACACCAGAAAAUGGUGGAAGAGAAAAAAUACAAAACCCUAAAAAAAACACACACAUACUCACACAAAAGCCGUAACUCAUAAUGCAAGUCGGACAAACACGGUCGGACGCGAAAGCACGAACGUGGAAGCAAACAGGAAGCAAGGAAGUAAAGGCACAACACACAGGCGCACAUACACUCAUACAGACUGCAAGUUAGCAAAACGGUUUUCCAGUCGUACACGUGCCAAGUUCUCAUUGUAAAUAUGGCGAAUACGGCAAUGCUAUGACAUUCACUUCCAUCGGCUGCUAAGAGAACGACUAGUACGAACGCUACUAGAAACUGCACAACCUGUUUAACGGGCGUGAUGUGAGCAGGCCCCGACGCCGACAUAGUGACCCCCGUGGAGAGGUUAGCUUCGGUUUGGCUAGGAUAGGAUAGCAAGGGCACAGCAUGCUGGGCAUGAUCGAUUCGGCUGAUCCGUCUGAUGGCCGUCGAUAACGAUUUCAACUGUACCGCAUUGCGACGAACCCUAUUGUGGGAGGAAUCACCCAGCUGGAUGAUGGUUAAGAAAAGGAUGUUGGUUGUGCUAGACGGACGCAAUCGCGCUGCGGUCAGUAUGCGCAGUACAUCGUUGUGAAGCGACAUCGACGCGAUCAGCCGAUCCCCGUUCAAAUUGACAGUUGACAGCUGCGUGCUGCACUGUAUACUGAAGGGAGAAAUUGACCAAAAAACGGUUAUAAUCGAUUAAAUCUAAAAAUGAACCGGAACAUCAUACCAUGCAACCUAAGAAGCGGUCAUCACUCGGUUAGUCACAGGCGUUUUGUGGCACUUCAUGCAUUCACGCGUAAUAUACAAGGGAGUACCAAAGCAAGGUACACUAAACACUAACUCGUUGCGAUGUGCAGUGUAUACUCCUCUAGGGAGGGAGUGUAGCAAGCAGAAAAUGGAAGAACACAGAAGAGCAAGCAAAAACCAACAGCAAACCACGCACAAGUUAAUUGGAAGCUUAUCGGUACAUCGGGUCGCGAUUAUAACCGGCGAUCGGGCGUUAGAUACUGCCAUGCACCCAUCAUGAACAGGCUAACGCUGACCGAAACAUAGCGCGCUACACAGAGCAACAGCAUAGAACCAUAAACAAACAAACAAACAAAAAUCACGAGAGCAAAAGAAUAGAGCGAUUGAGAAACAAUACCUCCGGUAGCAAAACAGUGAAAAAUACAUGCAUAAGGAGUAUAAACCAAACAAAGAGAAGAAGAGAAACAAACAAAAAACGAUAAUACAAGAGCAUGAGAGGAAAGAGAGAGAGAGAGAGAGAGAGAGAGAGAGAGAGAGAGAAAAGAAAACAGAGGAAACAAACAAACAAAGAAAGUAACAAAAAUAAUAAUAAUAAUAAUAAUAGCAAAGCCACUAAAGAGAAUAACACAAAUGAAACAGAGGAUUAAAAAAGUUAGAGAGAGGGAGAUAGCGAGGGAGAGGGAAAGAAAGAAAGCGAGAGAGAGGAAAACAAAAAAAACAACGGUUACACAAGAGAUCGGUUACUGCAAAAGAGGAUAAAGAAAAGAA